AUGGCAUGGACUUCUCGGGACUUUUGCUCCGAGCUUGAGGAAUGCCAGAAGCUUCUCCAAUACCCUUCGGCCCAGAAGUUAGCUGAAGGCUUGGUCAAAGCACUGUUCGCAAAGGUGGACUCCAGCAGCGACUGGAUGCCUUCAGACUUCGUCGUUUGCUUGGAAGCAGUUGAGGCUGGUACUUUGGCCGACAACUGGAAAGAGCAUUUACGAGAAAAUCUUCUCUCCAAAGCCUCGAACAGCAAGGACAGCCAAAAAGGCAGCAAACUCGUGAAGAACCCCCAGACAGUUACUUGCAUCCAUGCCUAUAUGACAAAGUCCGAGCUUGAGAUCCUCAUGAAAAGCCACGAGCGAGCAUGUGACGUGAUCGUGUCGAGGCUUCGAACCAUGGGUGUCACGAGCAUGGCAGAGAACACGAAGCGAUGGGCUGUUGCCUUGUGGGUGCAGAGCAUGCUUUGGUGUGGACAGCCGGCACCUCAGCCAGACGAGCAGUACUGCAUGGUCCAGAAGUUGCUCAAGGCCUUUCAGGCUAGCACCACACCGGCCAAGGCUGUCGCUGUUCGCAACUACCCUGCUUCUCCAGAGGACAUGGGUCAGUCCUGGAUCCGGGCGGUCUACGACAAAGAGGAACCCUGCAAAGUUUCUUUGCCUGGUGUCGAGAACCUGGCACUAUCUGUGCCGGUUCGUUCCACGAGCAGUGUACUGAGCUGGAACCAUGCAGGCUGCUCCUUUUCGUCUCGAAAGGGCAGUGGCAAGGGGAAAGAAAACCCGAUGGACAUGCUCAGGCAGAUCAUGAAUUGGGCUCAGGCUGAAACGGCAGCCAACCCGCUCACGAACCUCAGGAUCUUGGAGAAGAAACCACCAUCGGCUUUGGAGACCUUGCAGCUUGUCAAAGACCAGCUAGCAGGGCAGCAACAACAGCCUGCUGCUUCGACGGAAUCUGGUCGUUGCCUUGCCCUGCCUGCUUUGGAAGACAAGCCUGGCAAGGCAGCUGAGCCGGCCGUGGUUCCGGCGGAAGCGACUGCUGCUGAGAAUGCUGAGCAGGCUGGUCAGACAAGGAAGAAGGACUUGGCCGACUACGAGAAAGCUGCACUCCAGCAGCUCUUGGAUCGUCAGAAGAAGAAGAAGAAGGUUGACAAAAAGGAGAAGCAAGCCGACACCGAGCAGCAGCCCAAACAAAAGGCUGCUGACAAGUGCUUGUCCAAGCCACAAGGCAACAAGCCGGUGGCCAAGGCAGGCCAGAGCAAGGACACGAAGGGUGUUUUGGUUGCCAAGAACAAGGUGGCCAAGCCAGCCAAAGGUGAGAAGCACAUUCCACCGGUAUUGAAGAAGCCGGCGUGCAAGCGAGCCCAGACCCAGGACGACAGCGAGGAGCUUUACGAGGGAACACCCGGUUGCUCCAAGUGCCGUGGCUCCGGUUGCCCGCAGUGCAGGCUGAAGUCCUUCAAGGGCCAGCGACUCCCUGGCCGGGAGGCUUGGCAGGCCAGGAUGGAACAGAAGAAGAGACGAAGAAGCUGA